UCCCCUUUCGCCCCCUCCAACAGGCAGCUCCUGUGUCCGGUUUCAUUGUAACUCUGCAUUGGUUCAAACAGCCUCUGCCUACCUGAAUAUUUGUCUCUCAGUGAGACAAAGAAAGGCUGGAAUAGAUUUUAGACAAAGGAGCGUCUGUUCUGUUUUUGCCCACUUUGAAGGCAGCUUCAUAGGAAGCACCCGCAGGCUUAAAAAGCUCGCCCAUUCUCAGAGAGGCAAAACAGCCACGUACACGAUGCCUGGAGAGGUCCCACCGCUGCUGCUGCUGUUCCUGUCCUGGUUUGGGACAUCCAGCUGCUGCCUGCAGGACCCCGUUUCAGCGUACAGAUCCACCGGAGUUGUGUGCAGGCUCACCUACCCCGCUGCUGUUGUGUUGAAUCAGAAAACCACUAAAGUGAUUGAGGCUGCUUUCCAACAUGCUCGAUAUCCGAGCGUGAAGGGGGAGAAAUCCCUGCUCUUCGCUGGAAAAGUCACGUAUGGCCUGGACAAUUUAGAGAUUCACAACCUGUCGAUCGGUCGGAGUGCCUUUGAGCUGCGCCCAGGUGAAGGCAUUGCCAUGGAGAUAAGCAACGUGUCCGCAGUGUUCAGGGGGACCAUCCAGUACGGAUACGGCAGCUGGCUUGUCAACGUUGCGCAUUCGGUCGACUUCGAGGUCGACUCUCAGAUUGAUCUUGUGAUCAACCCCAAACUCUACUGCGGUGAUGGAAAGGUGGCAGCAGACACAACAGACUGUUAUUUGACCUUUCACAAGCUACGUCUGCACCUGCAGGGAGACAAAGAGCCGAACUGGCUGAAGAAGCUCUUCACCGACUUCAUCACUCUAACAGUGAAGCUGGUCAUCAAAGGACAGAUUUGUAAGGAGAUCAACAAGGCAGCAAAUAUACUGGCUGACUUCAUACAAGAGAGAGCAGAGCAGUUCGUCAGAGACGGAGACAUCAGUGUGGAUAUUGGUCUAACAGCUGCUCCUGUUAUCACGGCAAACUACAUCGAGUCGUACCACAAGGGACUGACCAACUACAACAACACAGUUUCUGUCAUCAAUGAAUCAGUUUUCCAUCCAAGUCAGCUGACUGAAAACAGGAUGCUCUACUUUUGGGUUUCAGACCAGUUCUUAAACCCAAUACUUAAUGCAGCUCACCAAGAUGGCCGCUUUCAGCUUAAUAUCUCUGGAGAAGAGGUCACGACCCUUCUCAGGACAGACCUCUCCAGUGGCGUGCCUGAAUUUAUUAGGAAGUGUCUGCUGGAAUCAGCUUCCCCACAGCUAACAGUGUGGAGUUCAUCUGUUCCUCAUCUAAAAAUUUCCACCCUGGGAGUGAGUGUCUGGGUGCAGGCCUCCGGGCAGCUCCGCUGUGACAGUCAAAGCACACCGAUCCUCUCCUUUCAGACGGACACGACCGUCGAUGUCACAACUUCCUAUGAGAACAAGAACGUGUUACUGCGCGGCGGUCCCACAGAGCUCUCAGUAGUCAGAGCAGAGCUGCCCUCACAGGAUCAGCUGCUGUAUAAUGAGACACUAGAGUUCAUAAAGGAAGCCGUGGCGAAAAUUGGCACUCCCAAAGUCCUGUCUGUUCUCGGGGCUGAGCUCACCAGGCUGCUGGACAAACAGGGAUUAUACCUGUUUGAUCUCUUUAACCCUGAGGUGCUUCCCCGGGACGGCUUUGUGCUGAUUCAGAUGGAUUUUGGUUUCCCUCAUCACCUCCUGGUUGAGUUCCUCAAGAAAACACUACAGUAGCCUUUCAAUACCCGGCCUAAGAGUGUGUUUCACGCAGAAAACGUACUCAGAGACGUCAGUUAGAACAUAAGCUAUAUUGCCAAAAGUAUUCACUCAUCUACCUUCACACACAUAUGAACUUAUUCUUAAUCCAUAGUUUAAUAUGAUGUCGGCCCACCUUUAGCAGCUACAGGGUUCAUUGCCCAAUGCAGUGCUGAGCUGAGGUCUGCGCUGCUCUAGAGUCCAGUGGCGGCGUGCUUUACACCACCUGGUGAUGUAAGGCUUGGAUGCAGCUGCCAUAGAAACCCAUCCAUGAAGCUCUCUCUGUUCCUGAGCUGAUCUGAAGGCCACAUGAAGG